AUGGCUUUUCUCAAGAAAUGGCAUACGAAAUACGGCUUAUCCGCUACCAUUGACCGACUGAAUGAUGCUUUAUUGCGCAUUGGUAAAAGUGGUAUGGUCGAUGAAAUAAACAGAGAUCAAGCGUUUCUACGCCUAAAUGAACUGGAAAAGCAAGAAAGGAAUGCGAUGUCCAAGAUCAUAGAAGAGAAAGAAUAUAAGGAAGCGUAUGCAAAAGCUAGAAAAGAGGGAUCUUGUCGUAAUGAUUUCAUUAGAUUCCUGAUAACAGGUCCUCAAAAUGUCGGAAAAUCAUGUCUUAUCCAAGCCUUCACACGGCAAGGAUUGAUUGGUAAAAUUGGACCGACAACGGCGGCAGUAGUAACGAAAGAACUUAUCAAAUUACUUACAUAUAACGUCGAUAAUAAAUCGGUCGAUGAGUUUAUAUCUGUCCUAGCGAGAAAAGUAGUUACAGCAAUAGAAACUAUUAAAUACCAAAUGAAAUUAGAGAAAUCGCUUUCAGAUUUUUCCUCCUAUGAUACUCGACAAGCAAUACAGUUAUCUCAAGUUCUAUCAGAUUAUUAUAAGUCUGUACUGGAAGAUGAGGAGUCGACCUUUUCUGAGUCUGUAUCGGCAGAUGAAGAGUCGACCUUUUCUGAGUCUGUACUGGAAGAUGAGGAGUCGACCUUUUCUGAGUCUGUAUCGGCAGAUGAAGAGUCGACCUUUUCUGAGUCUGUACUGGAAGAUGAGGAGUCGACCUUUUCUGAGUCUGUAUCGGCAGAUGAAGAGACCAUCCCUCUAGAAUUUCUCGAGAAUUACUUUCGAGGUCACUAUGAGUCCAACCAAAAUAUCGGAAUAGAUGACUGCCAUUAUGGUAAACUAUGGGAUUUUGCUGGCCAUUCUAUCUAUCACAUAACACAUCAGCCAUUUAUAUCUUGCAAUUGUAUCUACAUGUUAGUCCUCGAUAUGUCUCAAGAUAUAGAUAAAUAUGUCGUUGAUCGAGACGGCAAUGAUACCGAAAUGACAUAUUUGGAGGCUAUACAAGAAUGGCUCGCCUCAAUUAUUGGUAGUAGCACAAGCAAUGCUCGUACUGUAACGGAAAUUAAUGGUACUCUAGAAAAUAUCGCGUGGCCUAUAGUUAUUUUAGUCGGAACGCAUGCUGAUAAAAUAGGUGAUAACAAUGCCUGUCAGCAAAGAUUUUCGAAAUUUAGUAGAUGUAUUCAUAAUAAGCUUCCUUCUUAUUCUGAUCAUAUAUAUGGUUCUAAAAUAAUAUUUAACUGUAAUGACGAAGAUAAUGGCGAAGAAGUGCGAUUGCAACGUCAAAAAAAUUGUGGGCAAUUGCAUAAUAUCAUGAGAGAUUUUGUUAAUCAUCAACCUUCUAUCGAUCACUUCUCUCAAAUUCCAUUCAAAUGGUAUAUUAUGGCAGCUAUACUGCAUACUUCUUUGGAUCGAUUUAACGAACAAGCGGCAAAAUUUUCUACAAAGUUGAAUCAAAAAAUUAGUAGAAUUAUGGCAGCUGAAGAAAUCGAACAAUUAGCGAAAGAGUAUCAAUUAUGCGAUGGAAGUGAAGAUAUUCACCAAAUGCUACUCUAUCUGCAUGAUCUAGGAGAAAUUGUUUAUUGCCAAAAAGAAUCUGCUAAAGGAAAAGUUAUUACACAAGUUGAAUGGCUAUUAAACAUAUUCCGUACAAUUAUUCAGUUAGAUGAACCUGUUUGUAAAGGAUUAAGAAUAAACGCAGAAUAUGAAGCUGCUCGAGAUUCAGGAAUUAUGUCAUCACGCUAUAUUAAUGACCAAUUUGACAAGCUCGAAGUAGAAGAAAAGGACAGAAAAUUUCUGUUGGAUUUAAUGGAAUCGUACGACAUUAUUUGCAAGAUCAGUAAUGAAAAUGACAAUUGUCCUGAUCAGUAUUUCGUGCCCUAUUUAUUUCGUUCAAAUAGCCAGGAAUUUGAUGACAAAGGAUAUAAAACAUCGGGAUGGCUGUACAUAGGAUUUAAGCCACCACAAAUGCCUUAUAUUCCAGAUGGCAUAUUAUUUUGUUUACUUGUAUCUUGUUAUAAAGAAUGGCAAAGUUCAGAGAUUGAGCCACGUUACAAGUGUGCAAAAUAUCGUCUGAAAGAAUAUUGUUGUGAUAUUAUUGUUAAAAAAGAAAGUUCCUGGAUUGGUAUCAAGUAUCGCUAUCGAAUGAUGUCAAAUAAACCUAGCCUACAACGACAGAUAGAAGAUAAAAUGUUACUUACUCGACGCAAAUCUGUAGAUAUUACACCUGUGGUGCAAGAAUCAAUAAGCAGUCAACAAGGAGGAACAACAACUCAAAACGGUAUCAAACCAGUUAUGCAAGAAUCUACGACUAGUCAACAAGGAGAAACGGCAACUCAAAACACAAUGGAUCCAAUACAGGAUGAUUCUAAUAGACGUAGCAUCUUUAUAGAUAUCGCCGAUAAAAUAGAAUCAACUAAGUUGGCCGAAUUUGGUAGAAAAUUGCAUUUAUCGUCGAAUAGCAUUAACGAAAUAGUUGAUUCAAAUAAUAGCAGAUUUUGGAAGGUUGAUCGUCUGCUGGAGGCAUGGUAUUCUGAAUUCAGCUCAACAACAAAGCUUGAUACAUUAUUGAAAGUUUUAUGUGAAUGCAGAGAGGGAAAAAUGGCCGAAAAAUUGAAAGAGGAAUACUGCAUACAAAGAAAAGAGUGA